AUGUCAGAAGAGGAGAAACGCAUUUACAACCAGCGUCGUACGGAAGCAUUCCGACGACGUAGAAUGGAGGAAGAAAUGCUACUAGCUAUGCCGAUUGGCAGGAUUAAUGGAGAAGCUCUGGACAGGGCUCAGCAAAUCGUUGUACGUAAUGCAAAACGGGCAGAAGCAGCACGUCUGCGAUAUCAACGAAUGACUCCAGACCAGAGAAAGUCCUACAAUCAAAAGCGAUACACACCAAAACGCAGGCGUAUGGAAGGCAUGGAUUCCAUGUUGUCGUCCAGCGGCGGAUCUUUGGCUGGAUCCUGUAAAAAGGAGGAGGAUGCUUUGACCGCUAUCGAGCGGGAUGUCCUCAAGAAAACUCAACAAGCGCAGCAGGCAAUUAUGCGUCAACAACGGCAAGCAGUGCAAGUGAUUUCUCAACCGGUGGCCACUACUCCCACUCCACAGGGAGUUCAGGGCGGUACAUACAUUAUCCAGCAAGGGUCGUCGACACCUGUUACCCAUAUUGGGCAGGGUCAAGUGCAACAGAUUCAGCUUGCUUCUUCAAAUGGUGUGACACACCAACAAGUUGUGCAUACAGUCCAUCAAGUUCCGGUGCAAACUAUUCAAGGGCAGCAAGGCCCUCACGUCACUGUUGGUCAACAACAGAUGCCGUCUUCGUCGGGUCAUUUGGUAGUACAGCAGCAUGUUCCGACCACUUCGGGCGGUCAACAACUUGUUCAUCAACAAACAUCAGCACCCCAACAGAUAACCUAUACAACCGGUGGUAUGAUGACGACCACUUAUUACACCCCUGCCCCAACAACGUUCCAUGGAAACUCUAAUUCUUUAUUUUCACAGGAUCGCAAGGGCGAAUAUCUACUGGUAUCGUCCAAUAUUAUGUCAUCCUCUACAUCGGCAGAGUUAAGCGCACAUAGUUCGCUGGAAAGCCGUCUUCCAGAACUUUCCUCUUCCAUUGCCACGACGGAGAAUGGACUGCUCUCUUCUACGGUUACCUUAACAAAGGAACAUCCUGCGGUGGCACAGGCAGAUCAAAUGAAUGCCUUCAUUGACACAUAUUUUGUGGAACAUGAACCAAGCACUUCCUCGCAGACCGUUGAUAAUAGUGAUCAUGAGCAUGAUGACUAUGAUUCCAUGGAUGGAAGUAUUGGUCAGGAGAUCGACAAUAAAAAGAAGAAACAGCGAGAACUUGAACGCAGGGAGCGCGACAGAAGGGAACUAGAGAACUUGUUACGCGACUCCAACGAAGAUAUUGAUCUCCAAAAGUAUCGGGAACAAAGGUCGAAAAUGCGGCGAGCGGAAGCUGCACGUUCUCGUUAUCAGCGCAUGAGUGAAGCCGAGAGAAAGAUUUAUAAUCAACGACGACGGCUUCGAGCGCUAGGACUUGAUCCUGAUACUCCAAAAGGCCAGUUUAUUGACAAUGAGGCGAUUCGAGAACAUAUUAAAAUGGCAAAUGCAAAGAAAGCCGAGGCAGCAAGACUCAGGUAUCAUCGUAUGACAGCAGAAGAAAGACGUGAGUAUAAUCAGCGACGCACAGAAUCAUUCCGAAAGCGCAGAGUCGAAGAGGAGAUUCUGCUUUCAACACCCGCAGGACGAAUUUCAGCCGAAGCUUUGCAGAAAGCACAGCAGAUUAUGAUCAGAAAUGCUCGUAAAGCUGAAGCGGCUCGUGCGCGAUAUCAGAAAAUGACACCUGAACAGCGAAAGGAAUACAAUAUGCGGCGGGCUCAAGCGAAAAAGCUUCGCGCAAUGGGUCGUGGAGGAAAUAUGAGUUCUGAUUGCUCCGUAGACGGCAGCAUAACAGAUUCGUCAGGGUUGAGUUCAUCAUUUCAACAUAACAGUGCAGUAUCAUUACUGGACUCCGCGGAUCUGUCUUCGUCACACGAACACCUUAAUUCGUCGAAUCCUCAGGUUGCUCAAACUACCGAUGACAUUUUUGAACAGAUGGAAAGAGAGGUUAUUAAGAGAACGAAACAGGCGCACAUGGCUUUGGCUCGUCAGCAGCAACAAUCUCAAACGAGCAGAUUCGGGUCUGUGGAACAGCAGCUAAUCGAAGGCGACCAGGUUCUGAUCACGAACGAUGGACAUCUAGUGGAUGACAAGGUUUAUGUGCAGCCGUCGCAAUUGAUCGAUGAAAAGGCUCUGCAUGAAAUGCUAAUCACUGGCCUUGAUGCUAAUGGACAACCUGUUGAAUUGCGAACUGUGGAUGGAACUCUCAUUCGAGGAGAAGAGCAGCUGCGUGCGAUAACAAAUGGACAGCCAUUUCUCAUCCAUCCGCAGCCAAUGCCCUUGUCCAGUGUAGACGAACAGGGCAAACAGCUGACAUUUGCCAACUCUCAGGAUCAGAUUGAAUUGGUACCGUCGUCUUCUUCCAUGGUAUUGGAGUCAUCCCAUGCCCUCUAUGCGUCUCAUGAAAUUGUGAUUGAUGACAUUGACACACUCUACGCUCUCUACAAGCCCAGCAACCCUCAGCCAGAAUCGUUGCGUUCGAAUUUAUCUGCUCCUGUUACAAUUGGCGGCAAUGAUAAUACAAGAGGCCUCACAGUGUUGCGGAACGAAACGAAAUUAGCAAAGCGAAACGUGCAGAACGAGCGCGCAUACGGUACCACAGUAUGCGACCGGAAAUACGGCAACAACAGAACGCCAAACGCGCUGAGUUGUUGCGGAAGGUUGGCUCGCCAACGGGAUGAGGAAUUAUGCCAUUUGGCUGAAACCUGUCAGUUAGAUACUCUUGACGAGGAGACGCGACGAGCAAUUGCUGAAGCUCAGAUGAGACGUGCGAGAAGAGCCGAGCAGGCACGAGCGAAAUAUCAUCGAAUGAACAGCGAGGAACGAAGGCAAUAUAACGCGAUGCGUGAUGCUCAAAGACGUCAGAGGAAGCGAGCACAGGAAGAGGCACGUCAACGGGCUCAGUUGAAUGAAGUUUUGUCGACGGAAACCGGUCUCAGUCCACAUUCGUUAUCACCGUCGGUGAAUGAGUCGAUUUCGCCGAAUGAUCACGGUUUAUCGCCCGGUGGCGCGGAACCCGGUCAGAUUAUCUACUCGACCUACGAAAUGUAUCAAGAACCAAUGACUCAGUGGGAACAGUAA